AUGUUUAAAACUAUAACAGGGCUUAUACGUCUGAAACCAGGAGUUGUGCCUUCGCAGUUUCAAUGGACAAAGUCCAGCCAAGACCGCCCACAAAAUAAACUACAAGAGUUAAAAACUAUGGCAGAACAGCAAGAACAAGAGGAGCGACGACAAUCUUUUGUCGAUUCAUUCCAGCAGGAUGUCAAAAUGGAGGAAGGGGAGACUGGAUCAGGAGGCCAGGGAGCCAGUGCUAGUGAUGAGCAAAUGGAAGAAAUGGCUACGGACGAACCGGAAAACGAAAACAUAGAACCCGCCGAAUUGAGUGCAGUGGAACAAAUUGAAAUCCUUAAAGCACAAAUCAGUGAUUUAGAGCAACAGGUGGAAGAUCUAAAAGGGACCAGGUUUGGAGCUGAAAACAUUUCCAAAGAUUCUGAAUUGCUGACAUUUUACACAGGCUUUGUAUCAAAGGAACGAUUUGAUAGCUUUUAUAGCUGGGUUGAACCUUAUGCUAAAACCAUGAUAAAAUGGUCCCAGAUUCAGCGUGAACGAGGCAAAGAAAACUACAAGCGGAGGCGCAGCAGUGGCAAUUUUGCAUUGUCACUCUAUGACCAACUGUUUUUAUUUAUGAUCAGACUAAGGUUGGGAUUGCUCGAGACAGACUUAGGAGUAAGAUUCAAUAUUAGCACAAGUACUGUCAGCAGAAUCAUUUUAACUUGGGCAAAUUUUCUGUAUACAAUGCUUGGCCAAGUGCCAAUUUGGUCCACAACUGCUCAGAUAAAAAAUAGUAUGCCUCAGUGCUUCAAAACCACAUACCCUAAAACAAGGGUUAUCCUAGACUGCACUGAGAUCAAAGUCCAAAGGCCUAGCUCUAAGGUUCUGAACUGA